GGGCUCACGCAGUCUUCUCAUGUCGACUUUCUGCGGCAAGUACGGAGUUUAGAUCCAGUGCUGUUCUGGACUGAUGCAGGAAUAAAGACGGCAACCAGUCGUGAAUGUUAAACACAUAGACGCCGACUUAUAAGUUUAAAAAUCUUGCGAGUAAAUGGGAUUCAACGUCUUCCGAACAGAAUGUAAAGAAUUCCUUGAAGGAUGUGGGGAAUUAAAGGCUCGUGUGCUGCGCUGUUAUUGUUGUUUUUGGCUUAUAUCUCCGUGUCCUUGGUUUACGCCGAAAAGCAACAAAGCCUCUGUCCAUACGUCUUUAUACUGAGGCACUGGCAGUGAUGCAGGACGGAGGAAUAUUAAUGAAGAGAGCAAGUGACAUUUCCACACCAUUAUGAAAAGAACACUGUUUCAAAUACCCUGUCUAAUACAGAGGAAGCAGACAGUUUAUCUGCUCCACUCAAUGUGACCAUCAAAGCACUGGAGGGGAACUCAGCGAUAGUGACAUGGGACAUUCUGGAAGGAGACCCAGUCAUCGGGUUUGCCAUCACCCAGCAGAAGAAGGACGUACGUAUGCUGCGAUUCAUCCAGGAAGUGAACACCACCACUCGUUCAUGUGCAUUAUGGGACUUGGAGGAAGACACAGAGUACAUUGUGCAUGUGCAGUCCAUUAGCAUGAGCGGCACCAGCCCCCUGAGUGAACCUGUUCUGUUCCGCACUCCCAAAGAGUCAGAGAAACUGGCCUCCAAAAGCCCAGAUGAAGUGACCAUGGAGGAGGUUGGCCAGGCUGCCCAGCUCAGGGCUGGAGAGCUCAUUAUCAUUGUGGUGGUUCUUGUCAUGUGGGCAGGUGUGAUAGCUCUGUUCUGCCGGCAGUAUGACAUCAUCAAAGACAACGAGCCCAACAAUAACAAGGACAAAGCCAAGAACUCGUCAGAGUGCAGUACCCCAGAGCACCCUACGGGGGGACUACUACGCAGCAAGGUCUAAUUCCUCCUUCCCCUGUCGGCAAUAAUAGGCUUUAGCCUCAGGACAGUGCUCCGAGACAAAACAAGUAAGCCAUCAAAUCACAAAGUUGUGAAGCCCACCUCUCAUCCUCAAUCAAACAACCUUUUAGUAUUCCCAUCGACCAACAUGAACUCUUUGGUGCUUGUCUGUUUGGGACUUUGACACAAACUUGAGGAUGAAAAGGACAAGAUGGUUCCAGAACUGCAAUGCUGGAAGUUUCAGCCGUUUAAAGCGAGUUGUUGAGUUUCGAUCCACAGCUGCCUCAGCUGAAGGACUCAAACCCCGCUGUGAGCUUGAAGACCAGAGACUUCGUGCCACCAGGAGUGUCUUUGGCUCCUAUGUAGACUCACAGAGAUAAGGAGAAACCUGCCACCCCACAUAAACCUUAAAUAAACCUGGAAGGUGUAUUGUGAAAAAGGAGGAAGAACGUUUUUUCCAAGCUCACCGUCAUUAUCAGCUCUGAACCAGGAUCAGGUUUCUGACAGGGGUGAUUACGAUAUUUCACUUCACUAUCUCUCCAUACUUGUCGCUAUCUCUUGUAUUCGGUUCCUUCUUUUCACACCUCUAGUUGAAUUUUCGUUUCAUUUCUCCAUUAUCCUCCCUCCAGCAGCCAAUCACGCACAGUCUAGAUAAUUUGAUGUGGUUUAAUUGGUGCGGUAGGAUCUUUCUUCUCAGCACUCUCGCUCUCAGGGCAUUCAGGAAAACAUCCACAGGAAGAUGAUGGACCACAUUGGAUUCACCCACCUGCGGCCCAAUCACACUGCUCAGACUGAACUGCACAUCAGAUUGAUGAAGAGCUCCAUAUUAUAAUAGUGUUAGAAAACCUAUUUAAUCGCUUGUUUGUCUCAAGUAAAUCAACAGCUUGUCGUCUCUAAUGAGCACAUUACUGUACAGUGAUGGUUAUUUUGGUCCUCAUAUUACAUUCAUUAGCAUAUUCGUCAUGAGUAUGGCUAUUUACCGCUUUUAUGUGCCGCUAAGAUAUAGAGUUGGGUGCCUUUUUCCACAGGAUUUUCUGGAUUACUUUCCCUUUAAAAAGUUCAAAUUUAAAGUCAACAUGAAAAGAAACAAAACAAGAUAUAUUGGCCAUGUAGUAAGAAUUUGUUUCCAUAAUAUAUUAAUUAGUUAAAUCAUAUCCACAAUUUAAUUAAAUGAAAACUAGGGAACGAAUUAGUAAAACGUGGCCACAAAGUAAUCAAUUGUGGAAAUUAGUUCUUAAUUCAUCACUACGAUAUCGAUUUUUUUCUUCCACGUCAUAUGCAAUACUCAGUACAGUAUUUUUUGUUGGUCAGGAUUUUUGCCUUUUGAUGAAAAUAUAAUUUAAAUUUUGUUUAUUUCUUUUUUUUAUUUUAAAAUGGCUUGUAUUUUCCACUACAUUUUAAGCCCGGAACACACCGAGCCAACAGUCGGCCUUCGGGCAGUUUUUGUUCGUCGGCCGACUAAGUUUUCUCAGUGUGUUCCGCACCGUCGGCUAAAGUUGGUCCUUGUCGGGUUUUUUCUGGCCGAUUCGACAUGUUGAAUCGGCGUCGGAGCUCGUUGGUCAGUCGGGCCAUCUGAUCAUUCUGAUUGGCUGUUCAGCUACUGCCACCUGCUGGUACGGAAAAGCAUUUCUUCUUACGCAGGCGCAGAACGGACGUGCUACUCGGCCGUCGGGUGUCGAGCAUCGGUUUGUUGUGUCAGGACAACUUUGAACCCAGACGCUGCCGACGUGAGCCAACCCCGCAGUCUGCUUUCGUCGCCACUAGUUCGUCGGCGUUUGCUUGGUGUGUUCCGGGCUUUAGAAUGCAAAGAUAACUGCUAAAAGUUUUCCAUUCAAACAUUUCAUAUAUGAUCCUCAGAUGAUUACGGAAGCUUGUUUCCGCCAAUGAAUAAAAAAUAAGAGGUAAUUGCGACUUUUUAUAGCACAUUUCUGUCUCGCAAUUGCGAGUUUAUAUCUCGCAAUUCUUACUUUUUUCUCAGAAUUGCAUGAUAUGAACUUUUUCUCAGAAUCACGUGAUAUAAACUCAAAAUUCUGACUUUUUUCUCAGAAUUGAGAAAAUAUAAACUUGAAAUUGUGAGUAAUAAGGUAGCAAUUGCGUGUUAUAAAGUCAAAAUUGCAAGAUAUAAACUAGAAAUUCUGAGAAAUAAAGUCAGAAUUGCGAGAUAAAAAGUUGCAAUUAUCUUUUUAUUUUUUUAUUCCAUGGCGGAAACAAGCUUCCAACUGAUUGCCUCACUAACCUCACUUUAGUUUACCCAUUUUUUAUUCAUUUACGCUGAUCACUCCCCAACAUUACCGACUUUGAUUUUUCUAAGAUUUGUCUUCUGCAAAAUCAUUGAGUCCAUUGGUAAUAUUUUGCAGCAUUUUUCUUGUCAUUUUCAUCACCAGUUAAAAAUAAAUCAUUUAAUUAUCAACACGAUGCACAUUUUCCAUAGUGUCUUUGCUAUUGGAGACAAAAUCAUAAAAAAACUCUUUGUAAACCAAUAUUUUCUGCAGUAAUUUGGUUGACAAGCUCAACAGUGGUUACAUUUCAUGUUGACUUUAAAUUCCUUCUCUUUAAGAAGUAGAAGAAAUGUUCUUUUUGACAGUUUAAGCAAACCAUGUAAGACCAGAUAUGUCUGAUGGUCUUGUCUGAUGGGGUAUUGUCCUUAUCGCCAAGUCUCUCGGGCAAACUGAAUAAGUCCUUACGUGUCAGGAAUGAAGAAUUGUGGGAUGCAGGUCAGAGGUCUAGAAAACAUCGAUUCCCUCAGCCAUUGGUCAUUCGGGACUCUACAUGAUCUUACUUCAGUACAAUGACACUGCAACAGUUCGACUUUAAUGAGGUUACAGACUGUAUGCAUUUUCCAAGGACGUGUAUUUGACUGUUAGUAUUUGAUCUGAAGAACAAAACCCUAUUAAUCUUAAAACCAACCUAUAUGAGUGCACAAUGAGCAGUGUUAUUGAAAUAGAGCCAUCUCAUUUUUCAAACGCAUAGAAGAGUGUAAAAGCAAAGCUAAUACUUCUAUAACUCAGAAGACUUGAGGCUUCAGGUUGGCUCGCCAUUCAUAUACAAAAGCUCUCAUUGUUGGGAUGGAUUGCACCAUUAAUCAAGCGUGUUGAAAGCCACCUGAAGAAAUCUCAGAACAAUUAAACAUUCCCGCAUUGGUGACCAUUACCUCCUCAUCUCAGUCACCAUGGCGACAGGCUAACGGACUGUCCUCUCACUCCGCAGCCAUCUACGAGUCAUCUGCACCUUCGUUUUUCAUUCCCGCCAGAGGAGGAAAGCAUAUAUUUCUUCUUUAAUGACUGCUAAUUAACCUUGGCCAUGGGGAAGAGAGCUCAGGCAGACUGCUGGGUGAAAAAUGGCUCAUAUCAAUAUUCUGUCUGAGCGGCUUACGCAGACGAACAGAAGGUUGGGUGUGAGGACUGGCUUAAACCAGAGAGGAUCGGCAACGUGUCUUGUGUCUUGUAUUAACUGGCAGCACUUUUAUUCAGAUUAUAAUGGUAAUUUCAUGUGUAAUAGACACAAGUGCCACAAUGAACAGAUAUGGGCUGUGUUCGGAGUGGAAUUCUAGUGUACUGCUUACUGCACUUACUGCUUGCUUUCCAAUUUAUGGAAAAAUGUCUUUUUCAAAUAGUGAAGAAUGAAAUGUUAAAAAUCACAGCUGGUUCAUUUAUCACAUUGGAAAUGGAAGAUCAAUUCUGUAUUUCUUGCAGUGUUUACACUGUUGAACAUGUCUAGGUUGUAUUUUACCCCCAAAUCUAAAGAAAGAAAUAAGAAAUGUAUAAUAUUUAUCAUAAUGUUUAACUUAUUUUUAAUUCAAAUGAAGCACAUUUACCCCCAAAAUAAAAAAGUGAAUAAAUUAAUGAAUUAAUUAAAGUUAAAUUGUAUGCUACCUUUCAAUACCAGCAAGUCUUAGUCAGCAAGAUUAAAAAAUAAUAAAUAAAUAAAACUUUUAUUCAGCAAGGAUGCGUUAAAUUGAUCAAAAAUGACAUUUAUAAUGUUACAAAAGAUUUCUAUUUCAAAUAAAUGCUGUUCUUUUGAACUUUCUAUGCAUCAGAGAAUUUCAGUUUCUACAAAAAUAUUAAGCAGCACAACUAUUUUUAACAUUGAUAAUAAUAUAAAAAAGUUUUUUUUUUUUUUUUUUUUUUUAAAACAGCAAAUCAGCAUAUUAGAAUGAUUUCUGAAGGAUCAUGUGACAAUGAAGACUGAUGCUGAAAAUUCCAACGCUAUCUCACGACCAAUUCGUACGUAUUUUACUUGGUGGCUAAUUUGUACGAAUUCAUAUGAUUUGCCUAAAUCCCAGUGGCGGGUAAGUUUAGGGGCAGGGUUAGUGGUAGGUCUAGGGGCGGGGUUAAGGGUAGGUCAUUCGUACAAAUUCAUACGAACUCGUAAAAUACGUACGAUUUAGCAAAAUACUAACAAAUUUGUAUGUGCGAGGUCGUAUGAAUUAGCCGCCUCGUAAAAUACGUACGAAUUGCCGUGAGAUUCGGUUGGAAAAUUCAGCUUUGCCAUCACAGGAAUAUAUUACAUUUUAAAAUAUAUUUAAAAAAAAAAAAAAAAAAAAGUUAUUUAAAUUGUAAUAUUUGACAAUCUUUCAAAAAUAUUUAAAAACAUCUUACAAACUAAACUUUUGAAUGGUAGCAUGCGUAAUGUUAGUAUUUUUUUAUACUGCCUUUAAUUAUUAUUUAAUUAAUUAUUACUAUAUUAAAACUUUUUUUCUGAGCAUCCAUUGGACAUUUGGGACCAGAAUCAGAGUUUCAAGGGGGAAGAAAAUCAUAAUUGUCAUGAAAAAUGUAUUUCUUAUUUCAUAUGAUUUUGGGGUGAAUUAUGACCUGUACAUCUUUUGAUUAGAAUCACCCAGCAGGUUCCACAUGCAAACAGAAAAUCAGCAUGGUAUGCUCUUCUGAACAUAGCCAUAAUCGCACAAAUCAGCUUACAUAGCCAGCAGUCGACUCUUAUGAUAGAGCAUCAUAUGAUCAGGAUCCACAUUUCACAUGAACAGUUUGAAAUGAUUUCAGAAUGAGCAAUGUAUUCCCCUCCCACAAUCCAAGCUUAUCCUAUUCUUUACCUCCAAAGUCCUUUCAAAGAGAAAUCUCCAUAGAAAGAGAGCAAACGUCUGGAUUUAAGAGAGGCAGCUCAUUUGCUACUUAUUGAAGAGAAUAAUUCUCCUGUUAGUGACACUUGGGAGAGCUUUUGCAGGCUGCACAGUUGAAGAGAUUUAGGAAAUGUAAUCACAUUUUGUGCUCUCAUGCUUGUAUCAUCAGUUAGAAAAGCUGGACGGGCUUCUGAUGCCCGUCUCAUGACGUAGACUAAAAACACACAAACAGUGUCACAAAUAGCUCAACUAAUUUGAGAAGCUUGACUUGUACUUUCAGAGGGAUAGUUGAAAUUAUGCCAUCAUUUACUCAUCCUUAUUUCAUUCCAAACCUAUAAAAAGAGAUAUAUAGCAGAAUGUUCAAACUGCCUUUUCAAUAUAAUUAAAGUUGAUGGGGACCAAAGACUAUAUGGAAAUGAGCAGCUUGGAUAUUCUGCUAAAUAUCUCCCUUUUUUUUUUUUUUUUGUUCAACUCAAGAAAAAAGUCAUAUGGGUUUGAAACAGCAUUAAAGAGAGUUGAUUCAUGAAAGAAUCUUAAUUUUUGGGUGAACUAUCCCUUUAAGAACCAAAGAUAUUCAGCAACCACAUACCUGGCAUGGUCUAAAUGCUAAAAAUAGCUUAAUAUUUUUUUCUCAUUGUGGGGUAGAAAGUUUAAGAUUAUCGUACCUGUCAGGAUUUACUAGCUAAAUAUAAAAUUAAAUAUAUUUUUGAAGUUUAGAAGUUUAUUAAAACCAUUCUUUCGAUACACAAAGGGAGCAAAAAUUGUAGCAAAUGUCUUAAAGGAAUAUUUCACCCCAAAAAAAUAAAACUUCUCUCAUAAUUUUCUAAAAUGGCUUCCUUUUUUCUGCAAAACACACACACACACACACACAUACAUAUACUAAUAUAUAUAUAUAUAUAUAUAUAUAUAUAUAUAUAUAUAUAUAUAUAAAUUUUAUUUUUUUCCCCAUAAUGACCAUCAGUGUAUGGAUCUAAUGAAACAUAUUCAAGAACGUCAUAUUUUACCUCAAUCUAUAUAAAGAAUUAAGACAUGUAUAAAAUUUGCCUUUAUUAAAAUAUUUUAAUGUGUGUGUUUUGCAUAAGAAUGAAAGCCAUAAUUUUCAUUUUUGGGCGAACAAUCUCUAAUUUACAUUUCAAGCAUCACACGUCUUUGAAGACUGAGAAUAAAUAGUUCAUCAUAAAAAGUUCAGUCCCUGUUUAAAAUCAGAAACAAAAAUAGGCCCCACGUUAGUUACUAUUUCUAUCGGCCUGUCAUUUAGCGCUGCCAUGAUGAGGAACAAACAGCCUUGGGUACAAGUGAUACAGUAUGUUUAUGCUUAUGUUAAGCUUUUGUGAAUCAAUGCAUUGGCCUGUGUAUGGACAUGUGUAUUGACAGUUUGUGUGAAAUCACGCUCAGAUUUCAUCAUUUCACUCAAUCCACAGCAUACAGUUACAUAUGAUAACGUAAGGUUAAAAUAAGGUGUUGAGGUUAAGCUAUGCUACAUUAAGAGUGUUUCAAAUGACCAUUUCUUGUACAUAGUUCUGUGUUGUGCCAACUUAGCGUUUCCAGUAAAGCAUGCUGGAGGUCUACUGAAGGCAAAGCAGAGAGAUCAUGCCUUAAAGAACCCAAAAUGAGCAAGAUGAAGUCAGUAGACGUGACAGCUUGAGUUAAAGUGGUGCAUAACGAACGUGACGAUAACAUUCGUUCCACAUAUUUACUAUAACGCAUGGAUUUCAAAACAGAAGGAAUGUUUUAUGUAAUCCAUCGAGUCUAUGUUAACUGUUGUUCUUGAACAAUGCUUCAUGAGGGCUAGCAUGUUUCUGCUAUUCUACACAGAAUUAUACAAUUUAUAUGGGCAUAAAAUAGAUAAAUGUCUAAUUAUGUACUACCACAAAAAAUAAAGGAUCAUGUAUUUUCAA